GAGAGGAGGAGGAAAUUAAGCAAAAAAUAAAAAAAUCUGCAUGCUUUUCAAAUGUGUGUGGAAGUCUGUUAAUCGUAGAAAAAUAAGUUGCAUGCGAAUAGAUUACUUUUGUUAUACAUUUAUCACUGGCCAAAUCAAAGUCAGUCAGAGCCAACAAGUGCAGAGUUUUGUGUGUUUAUCGGAGUACAGACUCUGCUUGCCUGUGACAUGACGACGAUGGGAACAGCUCUGAUUUACGAUGAGGAGAUGACCAAAUACAAGCUGCUCUGGGUUGAUCCAGCGUGUAAGAUCGAGGUACCUGAGCGUCUGACGGCGAGUUAUGAGGCUUUGGUCAGGAAUGGGCUUGCUGAUCGCUGCGUCUCUGUACCAGUUCGUGAGGCCACGGAUGCAGAGAUUCUGCGGGUUCACAGUGUGGAAUACCUAGAGGCAGUGAAAAAGACUCCUUACAUGACCCUGGAGGAUCUGAAGGAGUUUACCCUGCAGUAUGGAGAUGUCUACUUCCACCCAAACAUUUAUCACUGUGCCAAACUGGCUGCAGGGUCCGCAUUGCAACUGGUCGAUAGUGUUAUGACGGGGAAGGUGAGGAACGGCAUAGCUCUGGUCAGACCGCCAGGACACCACAGUAUGCAGAGUGCUGCCAACGGUUUCUGUGUGUUCAACAACGUGGCCAUAGCAGCUCAUUAUGCCAAGCAAAAAUAUGGAGUCAAAAGGGUGUUGAUAGUAGACUGGGAUAUACAUCAUGGUCAAGGGGUGCAGUAUUGCUUUGAAGAUGACUCCAGCGUCCUCUACUUUUCUUGGCACCGCUACGAGCAUCAGAAGUUCUGGCCUAACCUCAGAGAGUCAGACUGUGACAGUGUUGGUAAAGGGAGCGGGACCGGGUUCAACAUAAAUGUACCGUGGAACAAGGUGGGAAUGAAAAACAGUGACUAUCUUUCCGUCUUCUUUCACGUCCUCCUGCCAGCUGCAUACGAAUUUUGUCCUGACUUGGUCCUGGUGUGUGCUGGCUUUGACUCAGCCAUCGGUGAUCCAGAGGGGGAAAUGUGUGCUACUCCAGACAUCUUUGCCCACUUGACUCAUCUUCUUCGGAACCUAGCGGGAGGAAAGCUGUGUGCUGUUCUGGAGGGAGGAUACAACUUGACUUCCCUCGCUCAGUCCGUGUGUCAGACCGUUCAGACUUUGCUUGGAGAUCCUCUGCCUCAGCUGGGAAACCUCAGCGGUCCCUGCGAAAGUGCGCUUGAGUCUCUUCAGUGUGUCAGAUCAGUACAUAGACAGUACUGGUCCUGCUUCAAACAUGCAGCUGAUCCACCCAGCUUCGAUAUCAGCACCAAGCGCGCCAAAUUAGCAGAAAAGGAGGAGGAAAGGACGGAAAUAGUGGAGAAAGAAGCGUGCGUGGAGGAAAUGGUUUGGCCUGAGCCUCCAAAGCGUGUGUCGCCUCCUGUUCGCGCCGCUUUGCUGCUUCCCUCCCAUGUGGCCUGUCCGGAAAGAUGCCAGCGCAUCAACGCCUCGGCUCUUGAUCCGCUGACAGUCAGCAAAGUCAAGGAAAGUUUUCUCAAGCACGGAGAAGAACACGUAGCCCUCCAGACCUUUUCUGGCCUUAUUACACUGCUCGAAAAAAUGGAGAACAACGAGAUCUGCAGCGGCUUGGCGCUGGUUUCUGACGUCACCACGGCGAUGAUGUUUGUUGUCCACCAUGUAGCAGCUGCUUUCAGGAAACGGCUUUUAGUCGUGUGCGUCGGCAAAGGCAAGGUACCGAGUCACCUCACCGAAGACGGGAACUUGCUGGUGGUUCAGAUCAGCAGUGAACACACAGACGAACAAACGAGUAAAUACUAUGUUCCUGUUUGUUUAAAAAAGGGUUGCAGUGACACGGCAGGCUUCCUGCAGGUCGUGUUUGGUCUCCUUCUACCUCUGGCGUAUGAACACAACCCCAGUCUUGUCCUGCUGGUUCGGACAGCUGAGAGUGGAGUGUGUGAUGGUAUGUGGCAGCAGCUAACAGGAAUGCUGCAGAGCUUUGCACAAGGACACACGCUGGUUCUGGUGCAGGAGGAUGAUAAGGCAUGUGUGAUACCUACAGCCUCCACCCUCCUCGGGGACCCUGCUCCUCCUCUGGAGCAUUUUGAGGCUUCACUCUCAGAGGAUUUGGAGGCUGUAGAGAGACUGAGACAAAGGUUGCAGGCAGAUUGGAAACUUCUGCAGAUGACAGCACCAGAAAGUGGAGGAACUGCUGAAUGCUGAAACCUUCCUGUUCCUGUUUCAUCCUCAAGAUCAGACAGAACGUGUCAGACGUUUUAAUAACGUUUGUAUUUUCGGGCUGCUUAUAUUGUCCAGAUUAGCCUACGCAUGGACACUGUUUCAUAAAACGUACUGUUCUUUUUUCUUUUAAGAUACUUUCUAAAUGACUCAAUUACACUUUUGGUGCAUUUUUUAAUCACCAUCAUUAAUACUAAUUAGAAAUCAGUGCA